GAAUGUAAAAAGUACGGAGGCUGGCAAUCUAACGACGAGAUCAGGUGACUGAAGCACAAAACAACAGCAGAAGAAGACGAGGAGCUUGAAAUGUUCGGAAAAGAAUCAGCCGCCGCUCCGGCGAACCAGUGGCGUCGUGAUCUCCGGCAAGAGCCAGCCUCGGGCAAUCCGUUGAAACUGUACCUGAAUUGCAUCAGAAACACUCUCGAGGCCGCUAUGUGUUUACAGAACUUUCCUUGCCAAGAAGUUGAAAGACAUAACAAACCAGAGGUUGAAUUGAAGACCAGUCCAGAACUUCUGCUCAAUCCUGUUUUGAUAUGUCGAAAUGAGGCUGAGAAGUGCUUGAUAGAAACUUCUAUCAAUUCACUGCGGAUUAGCCUUAAGGUAAAGCAGGCAGAUGAACUUGAAAACAUACUGGCAAAAAAAUUUCUAAGAUUUUUAUCUAUGAGGGCAGAAGCAUUUCAGGUUUUAAGGAGACAGCCAGUACAGGGAUAUGAUAUUAGUUUUCUUAUAACUAAUUAUCAUUGUGAGGACAUGCAGAAGAAUAAGCUUAUAGAUUUUAUUGUGCAAUUCAUGGAGGAUAUUGAUAAAGAGAUUAGCGAGCUAAAGCUAUCCAUGAGCACAAGAGGGAGACUAGUUGCGACUGAGUUUCUUAAGCAAUUUAUUUGAUGAUGCCUAAACGAAUUCAUAUCGACUAUCCUUUCUCUCUUGAAGAUGGUGUGUGUUAGCUUCAGGAUCUGUACUACCUAAUAGUCCAUCUGUUAGUCCAUCACUGCCCAUCAUGUACUGUACUCAAAUAUUUUUUGUACCGAUUCCUUGAAGUAGAUUUGUUCUUGCUGUAUAUUUCUUGCUUGCUCUUGUAUGAGUUUUUCUAUCCUUUCGAAAGUUUCUUAUUUCUCGCUGCAAAACUACUUUGUACUCCGUAGUGAUAGUUUUUAAAUGUAAAGUCUGAUGGUUGAUAUUAA